GUACCAACAAUGGGGGAUGAAUAUCCCCAUAGUGUCAAAUUGCGAAAGAGCCUACAACAAUAGGAACAUGAAAUUAUCCUGGCUGGACCAGCAGAUUGAAAAGAGGAUGAAGCGGGAGAGGGACGAAGAGGAAGCCAAGAAGAUCCUGAAAGAACGCGAGGAAACGUUGAAGAAACAACGCGAGCUGGAGGAAGAUCAGAAAAAGGAACUCCUCAAGAAAAAUCGCCUGUACAAAACCAUGCUGGACGAGCAAGUGGUGCAACUAAAGCAAAAGCAACUCGAGGCGGAAAUGUUGAAGCAGAUCGAACGCGAAGAAUCCAAGAAGAAGAUGAGCGUGGUGGAAAUAGAAAAAAAGCACAUGCAGGAGGAAAGACGUCGACUUGAGAGGGAGUGCGCCCUCUACAACAUAAGACAACACAAACAGAAGCUCAAACAGAAGGCCGUAGAUAUCCGGGAGAAUCUGGCGAUGGAGAACGAGUUGAUUCUCAAACUAAAAAAUCUGGAAAUGGAAAGGAUGAUGCAAGAUGCCAAAAAGCGCCAGCAAGUCAAGGAAACCUUUGAGAAAUACGCCAACUUGGUCAAAAUGCAACAAGAGUUGGAAAAGGAGCGGCAAAAGCAACUGGACUUUGUUUUUGAUUCGGAAGCGAAGGACAUUUUUGAGCGCCAAACUGAACUGUGGAAGAACGAAGAAAAAUGCCGACAAAAGUUACUGAAAGAAGUGCUGGCAACCGUUAAAAAACAAAUCGAGGAUAACCUGGAAAAAAAUCGAGAACGACAAAGAGAACUUCUACGAGAAAAGAAAGAAAAUGAGGUUAACAUACAAGAAUACAAUAAGGAAUUGGAAAAGCUUGACAGAGAGAAAGAAAACAGGAAACUCAACAGAAGAGUGGAGUUGGAUGAAGAUGUCAAAGUGAAGAAUGCCAGAAAAUUUCAGCAGGAAAACAUAAAAUUGAAAGAAUUGGAUGAUGAGUUGGAUGGAAUACGGAAAGAAGAAGAAAGGUUGAAGAAAGAGAUUCUAAAUAUACAGAAAAAACAUGCGAAUGUUAGGCCUUCGACGAGUAGAACUCGUUGUUUUUAUUGA